GAUAAACAUAAUACAAUGGGCGGGUGUUAGAAAAAGUGGAAAGUUGGCUAAGAACAAGACACAUAGGUCGUUGCUUCUUUCUUCUGUGUUUUGUUUCGACUUUGCAUCACCCAACAUCGCAUCUCACACAAUCAAAUCCCUUCCCUUUAUUUAUAGCCCCACACACAAUGCGGAAAUCCGCUGCAGACAGAUUCAGCCACGUUUUCAUCCGUUCACUUCUUCUUCGCCAUCGCCAUCACUAUCACUAUCAGCAUCAUCGUCAUCAUCUUCCUCCUUCUAUCUCUUCUCUCCCCACAUCUCGUUUCUUCUCUUCUACUGCUUCUUCCUCAAUGGCUUCCCCCCCCUCUGAUUCCCCUUUCCCUGUAACUGUCCAAAACAUCAAUCCCAAGGUUCUGAAAUGUGAGUAUGCAGUUAGAGGAGAGAUUGUUACACUUGCCCAGAAUUUGCAAAAAGAUUUACAGGCCAAUCCAGGCUCUCAUUCAUUUGAAGAGAUACUUUACUGCAACAUUGGAAAUCCUCAGUCUCUUGGCCAGUCUCCAAUAACUUUUUUCCGAGAGGUUCUUGCAUUAUGUGAUCAUCCAGCUAUUUUGGACAAAAGUGAAACACAGGGUUUGUUCAGCGCUGAUGCAAUAGAACGAGCUUGGCAGAUUGUGGAUCAGAUUCCUGGAAGAGCAACUGGUGCCUAUAGUCAUAGUCAGGGUGUCAAGGGCUUGCGUGAUACAAUAGCUGCUGGAAUUCAAGAUCGUGAUGGUUUUCCUGCCAAUCCUGAUGACAUUUUCAUGACAGAUGGUGCAAGCCCAGCAGUCCAUAACAUGAUGCAAUUACUCAUUAGAUCAGAAAGUGAUGGUAUUCUGUGUCCCAUCCCUCAGUAUCCUCUGUACUCAGCCUCAAUUGCCCUCCAUGGUGGCUCCCUGGUACCUUAUUAUCUAGAUGAAGCUACUGGUUGGGGGUUGGAAAUACCAGAACUAAAGAAGCAAUUGGAGGCCGCCAAGUCUAAGGGCAUCAAUGUUAGGGCUUUAGUUGUUAUAAAUCCUGGCAAUCCAACAGGGCAGGUUCUUGCUGAGGAAAAUCAGCGGGAUAUAGUAGAAUUUUGCAAGCAAGAAGGUCUGGUUCUUUUAGCCGAUGAGGUAUAUCAAGAAAAUGUUUAUGUUCCUGAGAAGAAAUUUCACUCUUUCAAGAAGGUAUCUCGGUCCAUGGGAUAUGGUGACAAAGAUAUCACCUUAGUAUCUUUUCAGUCAGUCUCCAAAGGCUAUCAUGGCGAGUGUGGGAAACGAGGAGGUUACAUGGAGGUGACUGGGUUUUCUCCAGAAGUGAGGGAACAAAUAUAUAAAGUGGCAUCUGUGAACCUUUGUUCUAAUAUCUCUGGUCAAAUUCUUGCAAGCUUGGUCAUGAGUCCACCUAAGGUUGGAGACGAGUCCUAUGAGUCAUUCAUGGCUGAGAAGGGGAAUAUUUUGGCGUCCCUUGCUAGACGUGCAAAGACACUGGAAGAUGCUUUCAACAAUUUAGAGGGUGUAACAUGCAACAAAGCUGAAGGAGCAAUGUAUCUGUUCCCCCGAAUUUGCCUGCCCGAAAAAGCUAUCCAAGCUGCAGGGGCUGCAAAUACAGCACCUGAUGCCUUCUAUUGUAAACGCUUGCUUAAUGCCACAGGAGUUGUUGUUGUUCCUGGUUCUGGUUUUGGACAGGUUCCUGGAACAUGGCAUUUUAGGUGCACCAUUUUGCCUCCAGAAGAGAAGAUACCAGCCAUUGUCACCCGCUUGACAGAGUUCCAUAAAAAAUUCAUGGAUGAGUUCCGUGACUGAGUCCUAGUUCAAUUUUGUUUCCUUCAAUUUGGGGGUAUCCAAUAGAUAUUUAACAUUGAUGGA